UAUCGGCGCCAGUGUCACCAACUGGUGGAUUGUUAAGAACGAAAACAAAGCGUGCUUUAAUUUUGCAAGCAUUGCACGAAUUAGUUUUUUUUUUUGUAGUCGAGGGAAUAAAACAGUUAACAAAGGCUCUGCCUGGGUUGAUAGUUUUGUUAUAUCCCUUGUUAUACCACAAAAAAAAUUUAGUGCUUACAAGGCUAAAUAAACACUCAAUGUAGCUGCACCGUGUAUGUCUAAUUGUGCACUAAUCGUUCUUGUAAUAAAAGGAAGGCUGUGUGUAUGACGAUGUAGAAACGUAUAUUUCAAAAGACGGAAGUGACCAUAACCUAACCUUAGGAUCACUGGAAUUAUAAAUUCAAGAUUUAUUUGACGCAGUUCAAAAGCAUCGUAAUAUGUGGUCCGUGAUAGUGCGACUUGCCACACUAUGCGCACUGUAUGUACUCCUCGCAUACUGUAAUGUGAUGGUGAUUUCGCAAAGACUUCGCAUAUAUGAUAGUUUGUACGCAGCACCACGUGAAAGUGGACGUCCGACAGAAACCAGGAAAUUAUCAAAAACUGUCACGCGUCCUGCAGCAACACAGCGGCCGAGUAUGGUUCACUCCACCCGAGCCUCCGAAGAUACAAAAUAUAUCCAUGGGAUGACCUAUAUGGAACAUAAGGAGUAUGACAACGCUGAGCGAGAAAGACAACAAAAUACUUUUUCUAAAAGAAUAGAUAGUAACAAACAAAGCGCUGCCUCGGAGAUAAGAGGAGAGUUUAGUCACCGUUUCCGACCCGUAGGCGUCUCGCACUCACCGUCUUGGAAAAUGGCAACUGUGGACCCGUGGCCCUACAUCGCAUCAAAGGCUGACAAAAGCACUACAAUUUCACCCUACUCCUACUUUAAUACAACACCUAAGCUUAGAUCAGUUUCGUGGCGCAGUACAUAUCCAAUAGUGGAGCCGUAUCAACCAACAGCACGAUCCAUUAGUGAAAUCAAGUCUUCAUUUGGGAGGAAUGUAGUCCAAGUAGGCUUACGAACACGAUAUCCCUGCUGCCAGAAUGAAACUAAGGAAGUUACCAGUGAUGGCGCGCAAGUCAAAGGUCGGCUUCGAUAUUACCACAGUUUCUCUAAAGAACAUGGUUAUGCACCUCACAGACCUAUAAAAUUAAUUACUACUGUCACUGCACAAAGACCUACGCAAGCAUGGAUAAGCACGCUGGAUGUGGAAAAAGGCACUCGUCAUCAUAACACGGUACAUCAAUUUAAUUUGGGACAAUCUAGAAAAGCCGUUAGUGGUUCUGGAGAAGCAACCGAAAAAAUUAAGACCAUACCUCGACAAUUUUAUCGAACAACAACUUGGGUGCCCCAAACCACUAAGGACAGAAUACAUGAAGCACAAUUAAAGAGAAAUUCCACAAAUAUUCAGCGGAAUUCUACAAGAACGUACGACGAGUUGCCGCCUAUAUACUCGUUCGAAAUGCCUCGUUUCAGCUUUAGUGGAGCUAGGCGAACAUCAAUAAUUACUACAACAACAAAACGGCCUUUAACCAGAGAUGAAUAUGACUAUUAUGACGAACUCGAAGAUAGACAAACGACGGCAAAGGCUUCUUACAAAGAUUCAACAGUAACUAACAGCUUUCCUAAUAUGUCUUGGACAGCUUACAGUGCUAUACCUGAUAGAUCAUCAAAAUUGAAACCAGCAGCGAAUACAGACAUCACUCGGAACCUCACAUCUCACCCAAUAACACUCUCUGCAAUAGAAGCACCAAACCGUAGACAAGCGCUGACAUCUAAGAGUUCCACGGAAAAAAAUUAUGACGACAAUGAUGAUUUUGAAAAGUGGAAAGUGUCCAUCGAGCAAACCGUGCAAAGGCUUCGAAGACCCUCUAAUAGAGGGCGAAGUUUAGCUUACCGAAAGCUGCCAAAAAGUUCUCUGACGCUAGAGCAUGAUAUAGCACCUUUAAUUGAGGUCAGCGGUGUAGAAGAGCAGGACUGGAAGUAUGUUCAUGAAACGAAUCAAAAUGAACUUUCAACACAUCGCCUACCAAGUAGCAAUUGGAGGAGAGGAGAGGCUGAGCUAAAUAUGGGUAACAUAGAUCCUACUAUCGAUGAAUUUGUAUUUUCAAAGUCUCGACGCACAACCACAAGUGCAUUAACUUCCACCACUUCAAAACCUACUGUCUACGCAACAACAAAUAGAACCUGGAGACCCUUACUUUUGACAACUAGAAGACAUGUGCCGCGGAGACCGAUUCCUAUGAGGGUAAGACAUUUCGGCUCACUUGGCCAUGCGGUAAUUGCCCCGCGGUAUCGUGAUCGAGUGUAUAUACCACCAGCUGGAAUACUAACUGACAGACACGACACACCCGGUUCGAUUUUAAAGAUGACAACUGCAAAGCAAUCCACGUUUAACAGAUCUAGUACGCACUUCGAGGUCGAGAACACGACGUACCCUACCAAAACAACAAAUUCUUCUUCGGCAGAAAAGAAGUUAGAUACUGUCGCAACUACUAGUACUAUUCAUACUACUUUAGAGCAGAGCUCGAGAGUCCCAUACGGCACCUCGGAUGGCACCCAUAACUUGUAUGCAACGCCACAUAUUUACCGGCUAACUACAACGACUAGAAUGCCUGUCUUCGGGGAUGGAAUGUCUAUUGAGCAGCAGCUUGUUAAAGCUAUGAAACGUUUACAAGAGCGAAAUAGACGAAUAGAACAACAGCAGAGAGAAAGAAACAGCCGACGCCAACAAGGAAAUUAUAGAAUUAAAGCAGAUGUGAAAAAGACGAAUUUACUCAAGCACGAUCUUCAAACAAUGUACGAAGUUGAGGGGAGCGGACUCUGGGACCAUAUGCUGGCAGAUAAACCUGCUCUUUUAGAAGCGGUACCUGAAGUGGCAGUUAUGCAGCUUGGAGAUGAUUCCCAAAUAAGAGAAGAAAUCCAGCAAACCCUUACGGAACAAAUUGACGAUAGCGCUAUUUACGGAGAAUUUUCAAACGAACAUAUUAUUGAGGUCGGUGACCGAAACGAGCCCGAAGAACAUACAGGACAGAAAAGAACACGUUUUUUAUUAAAGGGCCUUUGAAAUAAUUUUUACUUGCAGCGUAAUGAUAUGUGCAACCUGUACUGAUAUCUGCUGGUAAACAAAUGGUCAUUAUAAUCUCCUAGAUUCAAUUUUUCAUACUAGCAUCUAAAUUAGUCAUUGAUGUUUAUCCAAUUUUAGAACCGAUACAAAUAGGAAAGCAAUACAGGUUUUUUAAAAUCAUUUUUUGUACUACCGACGACUUUUAUUAUAAAUAAUAUAUUAUAUAACUAUUAUAGGCGAUCCUUAUUUUAUAUUAUAUAUAUAUAUAUAUAUAUAUACUAAGGUUCGCCAUCGUAAUUAAAAGUCCUUAAUUGGUUAAAGAAAAUAAUAGAUUCAUAAACUGAAUAAACAGAGUUCGGUGAUGUUAACGUUUAUUAUUGUACACGACUAUUAUACAGCACAAUCGUGAUGAUCAAUAAAUAAUCGCUUAAUGAUUAUUACUAUUGUGAAUCGUCUAUGUAUGGGAUAUUUUCUAUCAAAUGGAAUACGUUUUGUGCCGUUUUCCAGCACGAACACUAAGUAAUACAUUACUGUAGUAAUUCAUUGGACUGUUUUUGGCUCAAUGUCAACUUUUC